UCCACCAUUUUGUUUGGCGUCGUCGUCUCAUCUCCUCCAAAGUUACGCGAUUUUUACGUGAUUCCAGAAGCCGUGGAAACCGCUAAUCACCAUAGACUUACAGAAAUGGAAGAUUCCGGUCUUGAACUUUUCUGCGGAGAACAGUGUGCAGGAGAUCCUGGGAAGGAGAGUAAGUCCACAGAGCACCCUGGGAAGGAGAGUGACAGCAGGGAGACCCAGACAACAGACAUGGGCCUGCAGCAGGAAACGUGUGAUGUGAACUUUCCUCAACCUGACAACACAUCAACCUCACAGGUACAGGAGAGCAAAGGUGAUAUGGGAAGUCGUGUGGUUAAACACACUGGUGAAAAACCAUUCAUGUGUGGGGAGUGUGGGUACAGGACAGUUCAAAUGUCGGACUUAACCAAACACAUGAGAAUCCACACAGGAGAAAGGCCAUACAAGUGUGAUCAGUGUGACUUUUCUGCUGCACAGAAACUCCAUAUGGACAGACAUACAGCCAUGCACACUGGUGAUAAUGAUAAACCCUACAUAUGUGCGGAGUGUGGGUACAGGGCAACUCAUAAGUGUACCUUAGCCUAUCACAUGAGAACCCACACAGGAGAAAACCCUACAACUGUGACCAUUGUGACUUUUCUACAUCACAUAAAAGCAAUUUAGACCGUCAUAUAGCAGCAAAGCACACUGGUGAGAAACCCUACAUGU